AAACGAACAAAACUCAAAGGACGUGUAAGUUUAUUAUUAUCAUCAUCAUCCAGGAGGCCGCUCGAAAAAAGUUUCUAGUUGAAGCCUGCAGAAACGGUGGAUGAUUCAAGACACACUGCGAACAGUGAAUGGAAUAUAGGUGAGGUGGCAGGUAAUGAGAGCAGGCUCGGGAUAGUUUAGUCGUUAAGUGGGAGGUUAUGUCGUCAUCGGCAAAUACGUGGAGGAAAGACAUCACCAUCUCGAAGGGUGUGGUACCAACACAAGUAUCGUAACACCAUGUAAAAACAAUCGUGUACUUUACGGAUAGGCCGUACUUUGAGCGAUAAUUAGGAAAUUGACACGAUAAUUGCAAUAUUUGAUACACCCGAGAUUUUUCUGCAAAAUCAAACACCAAGCUCGACUUGCAAUCAUGUUAGUCCCGCUAACUCUCGUAAUAGUCAUUUGAAAUUCUCUCCCCUGUUUACUUCUCUCCCUUUGACUAGUCUGCAGUCACUAGAAGUGGAACAAAAGGUCAAACUUUAAAGAUUAUCAGUCCGUUAUCGUCUCGAAAACAGCGCUGAUGACGCAGGCGGACAGGAUGCACCCUGGGUGACGGGAGAAUGCACCCUUAAUGGACGAUGGGAGAGCAGGGUGGCCAGGGCCGGCGUUUCGCCACUUCCACUUCAAACCGCGGCAGAUACAAACCAGUCGGGGGUCCAGUCUCCUCCCAGCGUGUGGCUGCCACUUCACCGGUCACCAUGCUGACCCUCAGACACAGGCCGCACGUGAGGAACUUCAUCGCUGAGUUCAUCGGCACUUUCGUUCUCGUGGCCUAUGGUACAGGCUCUGGAGCCCAGUACAUCCUCAGCAAUGGCACCAGCGCCACGGCCUUGUCCUCAGUCUGCACGUGGGGGAUCGGCGUUGCCAUGGGGAUCUAUGUAUCUGGCGGUGUGUCAGGAGGCCAGCUGAACCCUGCGGUGUCCGUCGCCUACGGCGUAGUCGGCCGCCUGCCGUGGCGCAAGGUGCCGGUGUACGUGGCUGGCCAGUAUCUGGGCAGCUUCUGCGCCUGCUGCCUGGUCUACCUGGUCUACUUCGAGGCCAUGGAGAACUUCGACGGUGGAAGCCGACAGGUGUUGGGCCCUAAUGGCACGGCCGCGAUCUGGGCCACAUACCCUCAGCCCUUCGCCAGCGUCUGGACAGGAUUAGGUGACCAGGUUUUCAGCACGGGACUGCUGCUGCUGUGCAUGAUGGCCAUGUCGGAUCCGCGCAACAUGAUGCCCAACAAGGGUCUGUAUCCCAUCGCUAACGGUCUGCUGGUCAUCGGCCUCGGCCUCUCUUUCCGUCUCAACUGCGGCAACGCCAUGAACCCCGCCCGCGACCUCGCCCCUCGCCUCUUCAGCGCUAUCGCCGGCUGGGGCCUGGGGCCCCUCAGUCUUCGCAACUACAACUGGUUCUGGGUCAACAUACUGGGCCCUCAUGUCGGCGCAGUGGUAGGGGCGCUGGCGUACCAGGGCUGUGUAGGACUGCACUGGCCCCAGGGGUUCGAUAAUGACGAGAAGCUGGUGGCAGGCAGCAGCGACCCACAGCCGCUCAGCGACUUCGUGAAGGACGAUGAAGCCCCAGUCAUCACCGAUGAUGGCCAAUGGCAACAUGGCAGCCAACCAAGAAUAUAAAAUAAUAUGAGGAACGGGACUGUCCCGCCCCAUUAG